AUGUCAUCUAAAGUCGUCGAAAAACCCGCUCUUGCCGGCGUCAAAAAAGGCCGCUUAUAUGUCAAAGCAGUGUUUGUCGGAUUUCGUCGUGGUAAACGUAAUCAACAUGAAAAUACCGCCUUAUUAAAAUUAGAUGGAGUUAAUGAACGACGUGAAACAAAUUUUUAUCUUGGAAAACGUUGUGCAUACGUUUAUAAAGCAAAAAAUAAAACAUUGGUUCCAGGUCAAAAACGUGUAAACCGAGUUCGAAUAAUAUGGGGAAAGGUUACACGUGCACAUGGUAAAAGUGGAGCUGUAAGAGCAAAAUUCCGACGAAAUUUACCACCAAAAGCAAUGGGAAGACGUAUAAGAGUAUUUAUACGUGAAGGUGUAUUUCACGCUGAAUUGAACGAAUUUUUCACACGUGAGUUAGCUGAAGAUGGUUAUUCUGGAUUAGAAAUACGUGUAACACCACAACGUACAGAAAUCAUUAUUAUGGCAACUAAAACACAACAAGUAUUAGGUGAAAAAGGACGCCGAAUUCGAGAGUUAACAUCUGUUAUACAAAAAAGAUUUGAUUAUCAAGAAAAUACAAUUGAAUUAUUUGCACAAAAAGUUGUUACACGUGGUUUAUGCGCUAUUGCGCAAGCCGAAUCAUUGAGAUAUAAAUUAAUGGGUGGACUACCUGUCAGACGUGCUUGUUAUGGUGUUUUACGUUUUAUAAUGGAGUCGGGUGCACAAGGUUGUGAGAUAGUUGUUAGCGGUAAAUUACGUGGUCAACGUGCCAAAGCAAUGAAAUUUGUCGAUGGUUUAAUGAUACACAGCGGUGAUCCCGUUAAUGAUUACGUACAAAUGGCAGUAAGACAUGUUCUAUUAAGACAAGGAGUAUUAGGUAUCAAAGUUAAAAUUAUGUUACCAUACGAUCCAAAAGAAGGAAAAGGUGUGAAAAAACCAUUGCCUGAUCAUAUCUCAAUUGUACAACCAAAAGAAGAUGUACCAGUUGCACAACCACAUUCAGAAUCUAAAGAGAAAAAAAUGGAAACAUUACCACCACAACAACAGGUUCCAGCUCAACUACAACAACCAAUUGGUGGAUUGAGUGGACAAGGUUUAGGCCAAAAUCUUCCACAACAACCUCAACAAUCAUUACCACAACAGUCACCGGGAAUUUAUGGUUAA